AGAGUGCUGAGAAUUCACCGUAGCACGAGAGAAAGGGAGGCAGAAGCCGACUCAGCCCCGAAGCCGGGGCCAGAGGCUGCGGAGGAGCUGGGAGCCCGCUUCGAAAGGAGAAGGCGGGGACCUGGUGACACCCCGCGAGGGGCCUCGGAGCGCACGGGAAGGUGUGGACAAGGGAGCUCUGAGUGAUAGCCUGAGGUGCAGCCAUUAGCACAGGACUUGCAAACCAAACUUCACUGGGAGAAACGCCUGAGAGCGCGGGUGCUCCCCACACCAGCUUUGACCAAGACCAGGAAUACAGAUGAGCUGGGAAAGAUGAUCUGUGCAGGGCCAAACCAGCAGUGUCCCCGCCUGCUUCGGUCACCAUGGCAACCUUGGAGGAGAUGCGGAAACUGAGGCUCAGCAAGCCUGGAAGCACCUACAGCUGAGCAAUCUGAUUCCAAGUCUUGUGCUUCUGUCUCAAGACCUAGUGGUUCUCAACCCUGGUCCUCUCAGAUCACGCGGGGAGCUUUGAGUUGAUGCCUGAGUCUGGUUAUAGACGAACUGAACCAGGACCCCUGGGACAGGCCUGGGACUCAUGUUGUGGAGGUUCCUCAGAGGAUUCUCAGCUGUGUGACUGGAGGUGAGAACUAGGUUUCUCUGCCAUCAGUAGGGGGAAGAUUUCUUUGCAUCCCUGGAGCCAGGGGCAGUACAUCCCUCUGGUCAGAUGCCAUCUCAGGAAGGGGUUGCAGGAACCGUCCAGAGAGACAGCAGGCUCUGCUCUUGAAUAAUUCCAAGCCCAGGCGUGAAAUGAGCCCACAGCCUCCCUAGCGGCCCAGCCCUCACACCAUCGCCCCAUGCCUGGUUCCCAUCACCCUAGACACACAAUCACAGCUCUUAGUUUCAGCUUUCCUCCUUAGCCACAUCCAGGUCAAUACAAAUCUCUUCAUUCCCUACCUUUUCCAUACCAAGUGUCCUCUCCGGGCUGAAGAUGUCUUAUUGUUUUUUUUUCUCCCCCACGUAAGCUUUAUCUUGGACGUUGUUCCAUACCAGUUCAGUCUUUGGCCCAACUGCAUGCCCUCCCACAGAUUUUCAAAACUCACCCUGAAAACCAAGGACUCCUCUUCUCUGCUGAAGUGAAAGCUCUCCCACUCUGAUGGCCCACCUCCACCUGCCCAGACCCUGUGGGACAUGGAGGCCGGGAGCCCGGGGCCUGCUUGUGCCUCAGUAACUUCCCUGACUCCCUGUGAUGGGGCAAGGGCCUGGCUCUCACCUGCUCCGUGGGGGUGGGAAGGCCAAGCCGGAUCGGAGAACUGAAGCCCCAGCCCGGGAGCUGCUGCUGUGUGGGCAUAUUAGGUGAACGUGAGAACCAUCUUUGCAGGAGGUUCCACACCAGCCAGCAGCUUCCCGCCGCCUGCCCUUCCUGCGAAGGGGACGGGGUCCGUCCUGCAUCCCCACUGGAGUCUGAUCUGCCUGCCCCUCCAGCACUGAUAGAUCUUCUUGGCAAAGCUGCCCCCAAAGAUUCCUGCUAAUGCUUGUCUGUUCCUGCUCUUGCAAAGCAUGGCGCCCACAGCGCUCCAGGAAGCCUCUUAAGCCCUGAACGUCGGCAGCUGCUCCAGAGGACGCUGUGUAGGUCCCCUCCGCCCGCUCUGGACUCCAGGAGCCGCGCCCUUCCUAGCGAUGCCCUCGGGAGCCUCGGCCCCCACUGGAUGAGACCCCUCCAGAGCAGGACCCGACCUUGCUGCCCACCAAGAAUCCCUCGGCACCCUCCACCACCUCUCAUGUCUGGCUGUCCGGGCAGGUUCUAGAAUGUCUGUGCCCCAGAUCCAAGUAGGAGAAGGGGCCGGUGGGGAAGAAGGGCCGGCAGGAACGACCCCACCUCCAGAUGACCACCUCCGGAGCCUGAAAGCCCUCACGGAGAAACUGAGGCUGGAGACCCGCAGGCCUUCCUACCUGGAGUGGCAGGCCAGGCUGGAGGAGCAGACGUGGCCCUUCCCAAGGCCGGCGGCCGAGCAGCGGGGCUCGGCGGAGGAGGAACCCUCGCUCCUGCGAACCAGAGCACUCAGGCCGCGUCCCCCAUCUAGUGGGAGGGCUAACCAGGACGCCGGGCCCCCGCCCACUGGCAAGCUGGAGGGCUUUGAGAGCAUCGACGAAGCUAUAGCCUGGCUCAGGAAGGAACUGACGGAGAUGCGGCUUCAGGACCAGCAGCUGGCACGGCAGCUCAUGCGCCUGCGCAGCGACAUCCAAAAGCUGAAGAUCGAGCAGACCUGCGACCUCCACCGGCGGAUGCUCAACGACGCCACCUACGAGCUGGAGGAGCGGGACGAGCUGUCCGACCUCUUCUGCGACGCUCCCCUCGCCUCCUCCUUCAGCCUUUCUGCACCACUCAAGCUCAUCGGGGUCACCAAGAUGAACAUCAACUCCCGCAGGUUUUCUCUGUGCUGAGAAGCCCAGGACGGGGCGGUGGAGCCAGAUCGAGGGUUUGGGAGGUGGACCGGGGAUGUAGGAAGGGAGCUGAGGCCCAGCUACCCCAGGGGGUCUCUCUGGAGGCAGGGUGUCCCCAGGACAAGUGCUCUCGGAGCCCAGCUGUGGAGCCCAGUGUCCCCAUGCCUGACCCUGGUUUAAUGCCCAGAGUCCUGCAGAAGGGCUGCUCCAUCCGAUGUUCAGUGAGACCUGGGUACCCCACGCACACAUCUCAUCCGCCCACUUGGUAACCCAGAUUCCUGUUUCCUGGAAUCACUGGUGCUAUGACCUGGGAACCCAAAGUGGGGGGUGGGGGCAAAGCUGUGAUUCUUGCAGAAGGCUUCCCCAAGGACACCGAACCCCAGAAGGGAGGCAUUAGAUACGUCAGCCGCGCCUAUUGUGCUCUGAGGCUCACUUCACCCUAAGUGGCUGACUCAGCAACCUCAACAGGGACCCACCAGCAAAGGAAAAUCAAAAAGAAUAACAGGUGGCACUUGGGAAAGCAGGCCCCACCUGCUGCCAGCGCCCUGGGCAAGGUCUUGGACCUUGGCCCCACAGAUGCCAGGUAAACUGUUUCCGGUAUGUGGGGUCCUGCCAGUGUAGCCGGGGUAGAACAGGCAAGGCUGUUGCCCGCUCUGGCUACACACACCAGUCCCAACCUCCAAAGAACCCCUUUGCUGCCACCCCACAAGCUGGCCUUGGUAGGGCCUAGGGGUGGGCUUCCCCAGGGGGACCAGCAGAGGCCUCCUGGUGGCUUCUGACACUGUCACCUCCACACCUUCGUGCCCUCCGCAGAAGCUCUCCCCGAGCUGCCUCUGAGCUUCUGUGCCUGAUUGAAACGCCUAACUUUAACUGAAUCAGACUGUUACUAACCUAUGGCCAGCUUGUUUAUAACUGCUUGAUUUUUGCCCAAAUGGCGAACCAGUGGGUAGGUCAAGUUUGACAGAGGUUCAGGGUUUGGUUUUAAAAGGUUCUGCCUAAGGACAGGUGGGGGGGGUCAGCAAGGUAAGGAUGAGACCUCCACAGUUUGGGAAGUUAACCUAGUGGAGCGCCCUGUGCCUGGGGGUUCUGGGUGUUUGACCCAAAGUCUUUGAUCCUUCUAGCCAAGCCCUCUGGUUCAUAGAGGAAUAAAAGAGGCUAGUGGAGGAGCCCCCCCCACCCCCGCCAGGCUCCUCAGUGGCUGUAGAAUAUGGAUGUGUUAAUUAUAAUCAUUAUUAAUAAUGCCUGCACCAAUCAUGUAUCAAUGAACUUGAAUUCCAAAGAUGGUACUAAGGCUUUGCCAAACCACGAACUGCCAACCUCUCUACUCUCCGCCUCACUCAACUCUGUCACCUCCCAAGUUAAAAUUCUGCUUGCCGUCAGCAUUCCGUCAUCGAAGUGAGGGGUCCUGUUGCUCUGUCUUUCAUGCUUCGUCUUCCUGUAGAGUUUUAUCAAAGCCCAUGCAUACUUGCACACACACACACACCAUGACCCAUGCUGGGGCAAGGUUGGUUUCCUCUUGUGGGCUGGGAGUAGGAGUUUGUAAAUGAUUGGUCCCUGGUUAGAGGAUGAUUUGGUGUUUCCUUGUGAUUUCUAACAGCCAGAGGGUUUAUGCUUCCCUCAAAGAUGCUACAACCACCUAGCCAAGGUCUGUUUCAAGCUGACUCUGAGCAGUGGCAGAACUCAGUGGACUCUGAGGUCCACGGAGAAGGCCUGGGUGGAAGGCCAGGCUGCCCCACGCCUGUCCUCACCCCAGCGAUGCCUUUCCUCGGGGGUUCUGUACAGAUGCUGCCAAGCCCUACAGAGGCACGCCUGCCAGGCUUCCUCCAGAAGAACCCUUGAGGUCAUGGGGUAUCAGGCUGGCCUGCACACACUCACACCCACUCUACAGAGACGUGAACAUGUACACACCCAACCCACAUGGGCAAGCCCAUUCCGUAUUCUGGAAGAAAAGUGCCAAACUGGUUAUUUUUCUUUCUAGAAACCAGUCAUUACAGUAACUGAAAAAGCUGGAAUCAACCAAAGCUGAGCGAUCUAGCUGAAUGUCAUCAAGUCCAUGGGUGAGGCAACUGGGCAGUUCAGUUGCUCAGUUAACCUGAUGAUUCCUUUCUUUGAGAUCAAGGCACACACCUUUUGGAAUAGGUUAGUUGUCUGAGCUAUUGUGUUUAGUUCAUCCCAAGAGAAUCUUACUUUGGGAUAAGGGAGGAGGGGAUCAGGAAGAGAAGCGCAGGGGAAAGACAGGUGUGUUUUCUUACUUGUUGUGCAGCAUCUGUUAGCAGCCUUAUUUCCAAGGUGAAUGCAAACAACUAACCAGGUCAGUUCAGCUCUGUGAAGUCCCUGCCUCUUGUGGUCAAGAGAUGUCCGAGUCAGUCGCAGCCUAACCUUCCUCACCUCAGAGCAGCCUUCCAGCCCUACUGUGUGUAUACAACACUGUUGCAGUUUUACUCAUUAUCUGCCCAUCUCUCUGACACCCCCAAGAACCCCUGGGUGUAAAACUCGAAGUCUGCAUUAACACUGCCACGCGGGGCAAUAUCUGACACCUUCGUGGGCUCAGCAGUGAUCCCAGAGGCCUGGGGAGCCCAGGCAAGCUUGAGACGACCUGCCCCUGCCCCAGGCCUCCUCCCUGUAGCAAUACCAAGUGCUAUUAUGUAAUCGAUGGACAAUUUAUAAUUUUAUUUUUUAUGAUUGUUUCUAUAUUGCUGUUAGCAAAAGUGAAAUUAAAAUAUUUCAAAAGGACAUCUUUAU